UUCAGAGGCAUAAAUACAAAGGCGAGGGUGUGGUGGCUGAGUGGCGACUUUUAUUUCUUAACAAGUAAGAAACCAAAAUCCUCUGCAUAACCAAAAAGAGAAAAAAAAGGGAAAAAGUUUUGCUAAUUCAGUAUUUUGGGGCUUGUUAGUAAGAGCAAUUAAAAAUAAAAAGAAGUUAAAUAAAAUUGGUAAAGGGGGAAAGUGUGGGGCCAAAGGAAAAUCGAUGAAGAAAAACCCUAGGAUCAGGAUCGAGCAGGCUGUUUAGAUGCAUGUCAGUGGAAUAACGUUGGAUCUAAAUUGGUUCCUGCAAUCAAUAUUUACGCUCUUUAUAUUCGCAUUGGGGGCUCUUCACUUGCUUAAGAAUACGGCGUCGAAAUACUUCGAAGUCGACGCUAAUUUCGAUCGUGACCAAACAAUGCCUGCCAUCCCCAUCGACUCCGACCUCUCUUCUUGCGCCGUUUGCUCUAAUCCCGCUUCCAAGAAGUGCUCUCGUUGCAAAUCUGUUCGUUAUUGCUCCUCAGCCUGCCAACAGGUGCACUGGAACGCUGGGCAUAAAACAAAGUGCAAAGUAAAUUCUGCCCAGACUGGGAGUACAAAACCGUUUUCAGGAGUUGCUCUGCUUCCUGCGAGUGGAACCUCUAAGAUAAUCAAGAAGCCAAGAAAGGUUCUUUUCCCAUAUGAUAAGUUUGUAAAACUUUUCAACUGGGAGAAACGAGGAUUCCCUCCAUGUGGACUCUUAAAUUGUGGAAACAGUUGCUUUGCUAAUGUGGUUCUCCAAUGUCUUGUAUCCACGCAGCCACUUGUUGCUUACUUGUUGGAGAAAGGCCAUCGGAAAGAAUGCAGACGUAAUGAUUGGUGCUUUCUAUGUGAAUUUCAAACGCAUGUUGAAAGAUCAAGCCAAAGUCUGCAUCCAUUUUCACCAAUUAACAUUCUAUCACGGUUGCCUAAUAUUGGAGGUAAUCUUGGUUGUGGAAGACAGGAGGAUGCACAUGAAUUCAUGAGGUUUGCUAUUGAUACAAUGCAAUCAGUUUGCCUUGAUGAAUUUGGUGGAGAAAAAGCUGUUGAUCGUAGCUCUCAAGAGACAACCCUUAUACAGCAUAUAUUUGGUGGCCAUCUACUGUCUCAGGUGAUUUGCACAAAUUGCAAUAAGAUUUCAAAUCAAUAUGAAAAUAUGAUGGAUUUAACCGUUGAAAUUCAUGGAGGUGCUUCAUCGUUGGAGGAAUGCCUUGAUCAGUUCACUGUUAAAGAGUGGCUUCAUGGAGAUAAUAUGUACAAAUGCGAUGGCUGCAACGACUAUGUCAAGGCAUGGAAGCGCCUUACUAUUCGAUGGGCUCCUAACAUUCUUACAAUUGCCUUAAAAAGAUUUCAGAGUGGUCGGUUUGGAAAACUCAACAAAAGAGUCAGCUUUCCUGAGAUGUUAGAUCUUACCCCUUACAUGAGUGAAGAUGGAGAUGAUACCAAUGUCUACAAACUUUUUGCAGUUGUUGUCCAUGUGGAUAUGCUAAAUGCAUCCUUUUUUGGUCAUUACAUCUGCUAUACCAAAGAUUUCUGUGGAAAGUGGUAUAGAAUUGAUGACUGUAAGGUUAUGAGGGUUGAAUUGGAAGAGGUACUUUCUCAGGGAGCAUAUAUGCUUUUAUAUAGCAGGGUUUCUGCACGCCCAUCAUGUCUUAGAAGCUCUGGAACUCAGGGGAAUGAUGAAUGGAUAUUGAUGAAAGGUGAAGAAGAGCAUUGUCCAAAGGAACAAAUUCAGUUUGUACCUGGAAAAGAGUCCAUUAAUUCUUGUAGUUGUUCUUCGUCCCUGUCAUUGAACAGUAGUUUGCAUUCAGAAUUUCCUAGACGUGAAGUUGAGUCAUCUACUGGAAUGAAUUGUGAUGCUGUUCAUGGACACAAGGAUAGUGAUGUGAUUAAGCUCAAGUUGAAUUCAUCUUUUUCUAAGGAAGUUUCCUUCUAUGAGAACAAGUCAUGUUUCCGGAUUGAUUCGGAAGGUAUUAGAAUAAAUGAUGAAGAUAUGGACAGGGUUAAUUCUAUAGCUGUGAGAGAAAAUCCAGAGAAUAUGGAGGGGAUUGGUGCUCAGCUAUGUUCUUCUGAUAUAAAGGAGAUGCCCAGUUGUGACAGAGAUCUGUUUGUUGCAGCCAGUUCCGAAGCUGCACUAGAAGCAAAAAGUACGAAGAUGGUUGACAUGAAGCAGUAUUUAUCAGUUUCAAAAGAAAAAAAAAGCUGUGAGCAAGAUUCAAAUGUAGUAAUUAAUUAUGAAAUGAAAGAUUCAGAAGACAUGGAGGUGGCCUAUUCUAAAUCAAGUCCAUCUACUGCAAGGGAUAGCAGCCAUCACAGCAGCAAUUUUUCUUUUUCAGACGAGGCAUGUCCAGCCAGAACCCUUGGUUUGAAACGUGAAUUGCCCUUACACGGUUCAGAACCUGAGGGAGGGAAUGGGGUGAAGAGAGCUGAAAUAGCAGAUAGUAAGCAAUAAUUGGCUGCAUUUUGUCGCUAAUUGUUUUUGUUCAUAUUUUUUGAUCGUCUCAUCAUUGAAAAGAAAUGGUUGGAGUUGGGUUCGUUAUAUGGGGAUUCAUUAUAUAUAGAAAUAUCAGAUUGUUUUGGUACCAAAAUAUUAGAUGGCCCACACCCAUUGUAGGUUGACGUAAUGGAAGAAUAUGGUUACAAUUAUUAGCAGGAAUUUCUUUGCUAACAAAUUUAGCUCAACCUUGAAUACUAGACUUGUGCCACUCCUGACAUGUAUUGCUAAAUAUUUGAGCUAUUAUUCGACGUGUCUGAUAUUGGCAUUAGUCCGUCUUGUUUCACUUGCAACGAACUCGUUAAAUUUCUCAGUGUAUCAAUACAUUAAAUUAACACUGUUAUUAUUUUUGAGUUAAAGACUAAAUGUAGCUUGGGGACAAGUCAGUAGAGGUGAGAAAAUAAAUUAAAAAAUCUGAAAAUUGAU